AUGAUACACGAAACGGAUAAUUGUCAAAUUUAUUUCAAAUCGGAUGCCUACAAAAACUGCGAUGCCUCCUGCCAAUCGACUAGCGAACAAUACCAUGUCUGCUGUGAAAUAUACGACUACUGCUCAUUCUACAGUACCACCUGGUUCUUCUGGUGCAUGGUCGUCAUCUUUAUCGCGUUGAUUGUCGGAUCGGUGAUUACAUGUGUUUUACGGUAUCUUCGUAUGCAGAGAGGGAGUGGCGGUGGAGGGGAUCUGGAAGAUGUGGAGAACUCGAAGACAGAUGAAACUCAUUAG